UCGAGAUCAAUGGAACAUAUUUCAACCAUAGCUAUGUUCGGUAGUACAACAACAACCAAAAAAUUAUCUCACAAGUGGCCUUUAACAAGCGUUAAUCAUGAUAGUCGAAUCGAUAGUUUAUACGAGCCAAUUCGCCAUACAAAUUAAAGGAAAUGAAGUCAACGAGGGUUUAAUACCGAUCUUCUGAAACAGUGAACAAUUGUCUAGUGAGACAAUGUGUAAAUCAUCCAAGGAUGAUUUGAAACGAACGCGAAAACAAAUGCCGAUACCACCAAGCUACUAUCAUCAAACAAAUUAUAUGCCGGCAACAUCGAGCUAUCACACCAUCUCAUUACCCCGAAAUACGAGUCGAAAUCACGAACCAAUUGAAGAUUACACAAUUGCUGUUUAUACAUUUAGCGAUGAGGAUAUACCAUAUCGAAUAAAAAUACAGGGCGAACGAUUAACCCUUAAGCAUUUCAAGGAAUAUUUACCGAAGAAGGGAAAUUUCAGGUAUUACUUCCAAAUACAUUGUGAGACAUUGAAAAAAAUCGUUCAAGAGGAAGUGGUUAACGAUUAUGAUCUGUUGCCGUUGCUUGAAGGCCGGAUAAUGGGAACCAUCAAAUCCGACAAUUAACCAUAAAUUUACAAUUUUUCUAGACCAACGUAAACAGACACUUUGAAGUCUUUCGUUGCAUUAAACACAAUAACAAAUGAAAUGCCGAUUAAAAACCAACUUUUUAUAUUCACCAUAACAAAUCGACUGCUCCAAUAUUAUAAUUUAAUACAAUUUAAAUUAUUCUAAGUACAAUGCAGUAGGCGUAUAAGAAGCGAA